AGACACGCUUAACUCUUCUUCACUUGAACAACCGCCUCCUCCCCCUCCCGCGGUACAGAAAUAGAAAGGUUUGGGCACUUCUAGUAGAGAGCUUGAGGACACAUCAGCAAAAUAUAUCUGUCACAGGUUUAACCAGGCUCGGAGUCCGUGUGGUUAUCAAUAAACCGGGAGAAAUCUUCAUUCUGCUCGGCAGCGUCAGUCUCAGACCCAGGAGAGGAUAUUGCACAGCGCUGCACUAGUUUGUAAAUAAUACAAGUUAAAACAGAUUUCCGGGAAGUAUUAUCCUUCCAAUAAUACGUUUUGUCAGUCAAAGAGGUAACUUAACACUUUCAAAGCGUAAGAUUUUUGAGGGAAUGGCAUUGGACUUCGCUGCAGGCUGCAUAGGAGGUGCUGCUGGUGUUUUGGUCGGACAUCCAUUUGACACAGUGAAGGUGAGACUUCAAGUUCAAAAUGUGGACAGACCCCUGUACCGUGGGACAUAUCACUGCUUCCAGUCAAUCAUACGGCAGGAGUCGAUGACCGGUCUGUACAAAGGCAUCGGCUCUCCUAUGAUGGGCCUGACCUUCAUCAAUGCCAUAGUGUUUGGCGUCCAGGGCAACGCCAUGCGCAAGCUUGGCCGUGACACGCCUCUCAACCAGUUCCUGGCUGGAGCGUCAGCAGGAACCAUCCAGUGUGUCAUCUGCUGCCCCAUGGAGCUGGCCAAGACGCGCAUGCAGCUGCAAGGGACUGGAGAGAAGAAGUCUAAGAGGAAGCUGUACAAGAACUCCCUGGACUGCCUGGUGAGAAUAUACAAGAAGGAGGGGAUCCGAGGGAUAAACCGCGGCAUGGUGACCACCCUGAUGCGCGAGAUGCCCGGGUUCGGGGUGUACUUUCUCGCUUGGGACUCGUGGACCCGUUACCUGGGCUGUGAGCCGGAGGACCCUUACAUGAUCCUCAAGCUGUUGUUCGCCGGUGGAAUGUCUGGCAUCGCUUCCUGGAUCUCCACCUAUCCCGUGGAUGUGAUCAAGUCGCGUCUUCAGGCGGACGGGGUGGGCGGGGUCAACCAGUACAGUGGCAUUAAGGACUGUGUCCAACAGAGCUUAAAGAAGGAGGGUUGGAGGGUGUUCACACGCGGGCUCACGUCCACUUUGCUCCGCGCGUUCCCAGUCAAUGCUACCACAUUUGCCACUGUGACUCUAUUUCUGAUGUACAUGCGCGAGGGACAAGAGUGUAGCAUUGUGGACUCGGAGCAGCAGCCUGUCCCGCUGCAGCCACAGACGCAGCCAACCAGCAUGUGAGCUUUACGUCAGUCCGCAAGUGUGAUGACAGGAAGAUGAAAUACGAUUUUUAACGUAGGUCUAUGAUCUGUUAACCGGUGUCUAUAAUGAGAAAGGUAAACUGACCCUAGGUUAGGCCAUGGAGCUUUAGCCAAGUGACCACAUGUAUUAUUUAAAUAAUAUAUAUAUAUUUUAAGAUUAAUGCUGCACUUGUAAAUAUGGCAUGGUUUUUUUUAAAAGGUCCUUGGUUUUUUUUACACUUUUUUGUUUUAAGUAAUUUAGGACUGUUACAUAAGUUACUGCAAAACUACAGAGUAAAAUAAGUACUGUCUUUAAUGCUGUGCGCUAGAGUAGCAUCUGUUGGUGACUAAUUAAUUGGGGGGAAUUUCAAGGCAAGAAUGGCAAAGUACUGUUUUCAGCCUCCAUGAUGUGGAUAUCUUUAGCUUUUCAUAUGAUAACAAACAAAAAAAGCUCUGGGCUGACAAAACAAGACAUUUAAAGACAUGUUUACUGUAUUUCUUGCUAAUUUCACUCAAAGUAAAAUGUGUGUUUUUUAAAAUACACAUGUAAAAUGUUUCUUGUAUCAUUUGAGCUAUCCAUAUUGUUCUCUCCCUGAUGUCCAGGUCAAGUAAUCCGCUAUCUGUUAACACUGCAUUCUUAUGUUAAUGGUUACAAAUACAAACAAAGACGUAGAAAUGGUUGUAUUCUUUUUUGACUGUGACCUAUGAGAAGGCAUGAGUUAGAUGCAAAGAGUUGCUACUUUCGGUAGUUAUAAUUGGGAUGAUUACAGGCUCAGGCAUUGGCCCGUUACAUUAUGAAAUAACAUGGUGUAGAUACAGUCGUCUACAAAUAAAUCAUGAUUAAUGUUUUUAAACACAAUCAUUGUUCUAAACCAAAUCUGAUGCAGUCUAUUUGUUCUGGACAUUGUAAAGUGUCCAAGGACAGCACCUUAUGAUAGAAAGCACAUUUGCAGAUACAAACUAUUAUUUUCUCCAUCAAUUCUCACUUGAUUGUAUAUUUCCCACUAAUGAAAGAUUAUGUUACAGUGUUACCCUAAGAUGAUGGCUUGAUAAAAGUGGCUUUUUUUAAAGCCCAACAUUUAUUUUUAAACCUUGUGCUUCUUGUCGAUAGGUGGUAGAUACAAUAUUUAGAAGGCUCUACACUUUGCACUGUGUAGACAUUAGACCAUCUGAGUCACAAGUGGUAUUUUUGAAGCGAACUGGUCAUUUGUUAAAAGCCUACUGUUCAGCCAUAAUGUAAAUAUAUAGGAUCUUCUUUCAAAGAUAAAACUAAACCAUUUGCUAUUGAUAGCGUUGUCUUUAAAUGUGGCCUUUUAGCUUUGUCAGUAAUCUUUGGACAAACAAAGACAGAAUGUCCACACACUGUUGUGAAAUGAAGUGACAGCAUUACAGUCUUAAUCAGACAUUGCGGUUGUGCAUCAGCCUUUACAAUCUGGUUAGGACCCCUUUGCGUUCCUCUCAAUGUUAACCUUCAGUCAUUAUAUAACAGAGUACACACAGGGCAGUGUGACCUCUGUACCCUGUUAACAGCUGCUCCAUUUCACAAACGUUUUACAUUUAGCAGGUUUAAAAUGUAACACGUCUAACACUGAAACUGCAGUCCGGCACAAAUCACACAUUUAUCUUUAUGUCUGCAGUACUAAACUACUGCUGCUGCUGCUGCUGUAACUCGUCAAUGAGGUGACUGACCUGAAACAGCUUGGGGUUGUCCAUACACACAAUACUGUAUGUACUGUGAAUUUGGUGUUUUAAUGUCAUCCUUUAUACGUUUGAAAGUGUGAACUAUAAGUGGGCUAAAUAUGGUUUCUUUAAUUAUAAUCUGUUUUUCUGUUUCUAGAUAUAUUUCUUGUUUAAAAGUGUGUCUGACAAGUGGAUGAUUCAUUAUGGUUUCUUUAUGAAAGGGAUGUUUUAUCUGUCUGAUGUUGCCUUUGUGUUCUGUGAUGUUAAUGUAACUAUCUUGCAGCAUGCACACCAUGUAGCUCUUGAAUGGAGAAAUAAAGGUCAACAUUUUUUCUCAUGUU